GAUAUCAGGGUCCUAUGUAAUGAUAUAGUAUUACAAAUAUAACACUAUUAGUGAUAUACCGUAAUAUAAAACAGUUAGAAUGGCAGAACAAAAAGCAACAUUCCGUAAACAUCACCAGUGCAGAACCAAUUGCCAGAAUCAAUUUCCAGUUCGUCAGUGGAUACGUAGACAUUACACAAAAAUGCCAAACAGUAUUUACGCGAAAUGUCAUCAUUGUCCGAAAUUCAUAACAAGUCGAUUCCCAACCUUUUUACGUGAUCACUUGGUACGGAAACAUUCGAAAGAAUUAUCAGAAGAAGAAAAGGAAGAUGAACGUACUCAUUGGAUAUCGGAUCAUUUUAUCGAAAUAAAAGACACACAGUUCGCGAAAUGUAACGUAUGUAACAUAAUAAUAAUGGACGAUAAAAAGAAUAAUUUACAAGAGCACUUAAAAAGAAAGCACGGGAUUUUAGUUCCAUGUUCAGAUUGUUCAGAUGUUACGGAUUGUGUGAGCAGCGAUGCAAACACGGAUACAACUGUAAAAGAAGAUGAAAUACACUCAGCAAGUUCAUCUAAAAUUUGUAAAAACACGGAACAGAUAGGUGUUCUUGAUAAAUCCGUGUCGAGCACUGAAUCAACAGACGAUGUUUCGGGUUUUUCUCCCCAUAAAGAUGUGACAAAACAUUAAUCAUUUUCUAGCCAAUCAACAU